AUGGAAGAAGAAUGGUUUUUUCAACAACAAGGUAAUAAGGUUACUCCAAAAGAGCUAAAAGAUUGUCCUGAUUGUGGUAAACCUAGAAUAUCUUUUGGUUGGUGCUUGGAAUGUGAAAGCAAUGCAAUGAAGGAAAAUUUUCUUUAUUGGACGUCAGGUAAUAAAGAGAUCGAUGAGUUAAUACGUUACACUCAGCUUACUGCUACCCAAACUUGUGAUUAUUUGGAAUGGAUCUCGUUUGAAAAAUUUGAAAUGGUUAAAUAUAUUGGUAGGGGUGGAUUUAGUAGUGUUUAUUCAGCCCUUUGGAUGGAAGGACCUAGAUGGAUUUGGGAUGAUGGUGCACAAGAAUGGACUCGAGCCGGGCCAAUGAAUGUUGCUUUAAAACGUCUUGAUAAUUCACAAAAUAUAUCAAGUUCUUACAUUGACCAGAUUAAAGCUUAUCAUAAAUGCUUACAAUCGGCUUCGUUAGCUGGAACUUUUGGCAUCACAAAGGAUCCAACAUCUAAUUAUAUGAUUGUAAUGAAAUAUUAUGAAAAUGGUAAUUUGUAUCAAUAUCUUGAUCAUUGUAACGGAAUUCUUUCCUGGAGAGAUAUGAUCGAUAUGUUAUGGGGAAUUGCCGGAGGACUCGAAAGAAUUCAUGCCGAAGGAAAAAUCCACGGAAAUCUUCAUGGGGGAAAUUUACUUAUUGAGGACGAAAAAAUAUCUACUGAUGCUCGUAUUGGUGAUGUAGGUCUUCAUGGUCCAUGUAAUAAUGAAAAUAAAAGUUCGAAUCAAAUAUAUGGAGUCUUGCCAUAUGUUGCACCAGAAGUAUUACGUGGCGAAAAUUAUAGUCCCGCUUCUGAUAUAUAUUCAUUUGGUAUCAUUAUGAAUACUCUCGCAACUGGUAAAAGACCUUGGCAUAAUAGAGCACAUGAUAUUAAUUUAGCAUAUGAUAUUUGUAAUGGUGAAAGACUUGAAAUUCCUGAAGAUACUCCAAAUUUUUAUUCAGAAUUAAUGCAACAAUGUUGGGAUAAUGAUCCGGUAAAACGUCCGACUGCAUCCUAUUUAAAUGAAAAAUUAGGUGAAUGGAUUAUUUUAAUAUGUGAUGAUCCAACCCCUUCAAAAGUUUCAGAUGAAAAUUCUAUUGCUGAGGAAAAAAGAUGGAAAAUGAUUUCCCAAUUAUCCAAAAAAAUUACUCAUCCAGAAUUACAUCCUGAAGCAUAUUAUACGAGUAGACCUUUAUGUUUUCGUGAAUUACCAGUAACGUGA